AUGAAGAAUUCAAGUAUGUGUGUCAUGUGAGAGAUCAUUUUACUCGGUUCUCUUGGGCUCAGGCACUUACUUCUAAAAGGCCAAUUGAAGUUGUAUCAUUUCUAUUUGACCUUUUUCAUUCAAUUGGAUCAUCUCCAACUAUAUUACAAUCAGAUAAUGGAAAGGAAUUUGUUGCACAAGUUAUUAAAGAGCUUAUUGAAUUGUGGCCAUCAGUAACUAUUAUUAAUGGGCGGCCCCGACAUCCCCAGUCUCAGGAACUUAUUGAACGGGCUAAUGGAAUUUUGGAGCAAAAAUUGGGUAAAUGGAAAGAGGAUACUGGCCGAAGUGACUAG